UAAUAAGAUUGACAGUACAUCAUAACAAGGAAAGUCAGAACAUCAAUUCCGUUUUCCAAUCGCCAAUCGGAAUUAGGGUUUAUUUCAGUUCAACCAAAUACUAAUUCGAAGACGAAGCCUUUGGUCAAUUGCUAAACCCUAAUUCCUAAGUUUGAAUUCCUGACGACUUUGGUGCUUUCACGGAUUCCAAAAUUAACUCGAUCUCUCUGUUUCAGCGAGAGAUAAUGCUGUACUCACAUACUUGUUACUAAUUAAUGGAUCCUGAUAACAAGAGAUUUGGAAGAGGGCCCAGAGAACUUACAGGUGCUGUGGAUCUUAUUAGUCACUUCAAAUUGUUGCCUCAUCAGGAGUUCUUCUGCAAGAGGUCACUUCCGUUGUCUAUUUCAGAUACCCACUAUCUUCACAAUGUGGUCGGGGACACAGAAAUUAGGAAAGGGGAAGGGAUGCAGUUGGAUCAGCUUAUACAGGAUACUUCCUUGUCAAGAGAGACGAGUUCACGCAUCCAGCCAUUUGACCUAGAUGUUCUUGGUGAAGUUUUUCGACUACGUGAAGCGGCUCCAGUGGAUCUGCCUCCUUCUGAGAAAGGCAUCCCUACUGUAGCUGGAAAAUCCAAAAGUGAGUCGAAAGACAAGGAGAAGAAGCAUAAAAAGCACAAAGAUAAGGACAAGGAGAAGGACAAAGAGCAUAAGAAGCACAAACAUCGUCAUAAAGAUCGAAGUAAAGACAAGGAUAAAGACAAAAAGAGAGAUAAAAGUGUUCAUCAUGAUUCUGGUGCUGAUCUUUCGAAGAAACAUCACGAGAAGAAAAGGAAGCAUGAUGGAGAGGAGGAACUUAAUGAUGUUCACAAACACAAGAGAAGCAAGCACAAGAGUUCAAAGAUUGAUGAGAUUGGUGCAAUAAAGGUAGCAGGCUGAAAUAUGUGUGUGGUUCUAUCAUUUGUUUUAUCCUCAGACUUUGCAAUUGUUGGAGGGACCCUUUACUUAGUAUUGUGAAAAAUCAGAGGUACAGAAGUUAAUGUCACGCUAUAUCCCAUUAAUUGAAGAACUUAGUGGCUUGCCCUGUUGCUUUAAUCUUAUAUUUUCCACACUGGUAAGAUUGUUCCAUUGAGUUCACAGUUUAGUCAGAUUGCACCACUCUUUGUGCAUAUGUGAUUUUGCUUUUUAUAGUGGUAAUUUGUUUUCGUUUUCUGAAAUUACCAAGUCAACUAACAAACACAUUAACUAUCUUUACUGUGUUAAGGGAGCAGCAUAUGAAGAAUCAGGUAUACUUUCUGUGCUUCCGUUAGGCAUCUAAAUUAGUAUUUCUCCUCCUUAAAAGCCAGAUAAAUUUAUCUUUAGUAUUUAUAUCUAGAUACAUGUUCCUUCUUUAAAAUGCUAAGUAGUAUAUCAUCUCAAUAGAUUAAAUCUUAAAAACAUCAAUCGGUCAAAAUAUGGUUGUGGUAAGAGAAAUAUUUGACAAGUUGUGGCAGAACUCAACAUGCAUAUUAUCCCAAUGCCUGACUCUAUACUAAGCUGAGGUGUAAAAUAAUCAUAUUUGUCUACCUUGCCGUACAUGUAAACUAGAGGAUAAAAGGUUAAAGUUGGCAAAGGUUAGUUGGAAAGGAUUGAAACUUCUUAGCCAUAUUGGCAAUACAAGCAAUCAAUUCUGUGUGAUUCCUUAGCUCUUGGUUUCCAAUUAUUAUAGAAUAUUCUCUCAUAUAAGGGUUAAAUAUACAUAAGAUUCUUAGUUGUGUCACUAAAAACUUCGAUCCACAGAGGAUGUUCUUGACCGUGUAAAAUGGAGUAUAUCAACUGACCAAGCAUCUGGGUAUUUGUAUUUUAUCCAACUUAAAUAAUGCUUAGGCAGAAUGGCUCUGUGAAUUUGCAGUAUGAUAGUUGUUCCUUUUGGACAUAUUUGUAGGUGAGUGAGAGAGUGGAAACUGGAUGCUCUGUGAAGGAAUUGCAUGAGCAGAUUGUCUAACUUUUUGCUCAAGCACCCUUUUCUUAAUUUGUUUUUAAUUAUAUAGAAUAGAGGGAAAGGGGAUUACAAGGUGGGGAAUCGAACCCCCACCAACAAGGUGGAAGUUUAAGUAGCCAACCAACAGGGGCGAUGAUGGGCUCAAGUACCUGGGUGCAUAAAAACAUCAAUUUGAAUAUGUCCAAAUUUAUUGGUAAAUCUGUUCACUUUUUGGUUGGUAGAGUUGCCAUUUAAAAUAAAUACUGAUGUAGGCCUUGAUUAAAAAAAAAACUGAUGUAAACAGAUUCAGCUUUAUUACGAAGUUUCUAGUGUCACUUAAUUGAAGUCUGACGGUUUGACCUAUUUUUCCUUAUUUUUGUAUUAUUCCUCCCUACUUUUGUUCUCUAGACAAGAAAAGAGAAGAACAGUAUCAGAAGGAAAAAGAGAAGAAGG